AUGGCCUCAGCAUCGGCCUCGCUAUCCACCCAUGCUGUUAGUUCCGGUGACCUCGUCCACCUUGUUUCUUCGUCGUCGUCUGCGAUAGUCUAUCCAUCCGACGACGUUAUCCUCACCGUUCUCAACACUCGCUUUCGCGCUGAUUUACCUUACACAAGAAUUGGGACAACCAAUCUUUUAGUCGUUAACCCGUACAAAACACUAGCCAAUGUCAACGACAUCAACGCGAAGGAGUAUGAGGAGCGGUGUUACAAAGACACUAGUCUACCUCUCGUGGAUGCUUCCAAAUCCCUUCAACCUCAUGUAUAUGAGCUUGCAGCGAAGAUGUAUCUUCUUAUGAGACGAAGAAACGAGUCGCAGUCUGUUCUGACCAGGGGUAUUACAGGUUCCGGAAAAUCCUCUAGCAGUCGCUUGAUUCUGAACCAGCUCCUUCGACUGUCGGCUCACUCGAAGAAGGAGUUGAGAGUCGCAGAUCAGGUGAAGGCAUUGGGACCUCUUCUCGACGCGUUCGGAAAUGUGAAAACUCUCAUGAAUCCAAAUGCAUCGCGUCACAGCCGUUAUCUCGAGCUCCAUUUCAAUGACCGUGGUCGCAUCGAAUCUGCGAAAGUCCUUGCAUUUGGACUGGACAAAUCUCGGCUUGUCCGACUUUCACACGAGGAACGCUCUUACCACGUUUUUUAUCAAUUCUUAGCUGGUGCUACUCCAGAGGAACGGGAUAUUUUCAACCUUGAAGACCCAUCUGAUUAUGCGCUUCUCGCUUCCUCUGGGUGCUAUCGCCUUCCCUCUGGUCCAUUUAGCGAUGAUGCCAUCUCUAUGGAAGAGCUUCGCGCGGCUAUGAAAACUCUAGGCUUCAAGUCUAAACAUAUGACGUCCAUAUUCACUCUUCUCGUGGUCAUUCUCCUGCUCGGGAAUCUGCAAUUCACCGAAGCAGAUGCUAGAGACGUAUCCGCUUACGUGGCAAACACUCAAGUAUUAGACCAAAUCGCACGUUUGUUGGGCGUGUCUUCAGAGGACCUCACUCAGACGCUCACCAACAAGACGAAUUACGUUCGUAAGGAACUAUACACCGUGUUGCUCAAUGCCGAACAGAGCGCUGCCCAACGUGAUUCAUUUGUACGCGACCUAUAUGCCAUUCUCUUUGCUUUUGUGGUCGAGACAGCCAAUCACAAGAUUGUAUCAGCAAACAAGGAUGUACUUCCUUCCACUCAGAUACUCAUGUUUGAUCAGCCUGGAUUCCAGACUCGUGGACCUACUGGAACAGGCUCUAUGGCGUUUACCGGUUCUGCACCUUUGGUUUCUGCUUAUGGUCAAAAUGCAUUCGACGAAUUUGCUAUCAACUUUGCUGAUGAAAUGGUACACUCAUAUGUGUUGCGGAAUACUUUCGAAGAUUCUGUGGGGUAUAACGGCCAUAUCACUGGUGAUGGUGCCCCCUUACCCGCGGUUACUAUCAUGGACAAUUCGGCGUGCGUCGAACUAUUGAGAGGUGCGCAGCUGAGUGAGAAGGCUACUCGCAAGCCAGGAGGUCUCAUAGGGCUCACAAGCAAAGCCUGUUCGGCUUUCAAGUCUGGAAAAGCAGGGGAAAACAAAGACGAGGAUUUGUUGCAGGACCUCGUCGCUAAGCUCGGUGUUCAUACAUCAUUUGUGGCCAGUCCCAGCAUUGGAGGUGCUAACGAGAGAAAUCUCUUUGGUAUCAACCAUUAUGCUGGCAAUUGCUCGUACGACAUCACCGAUUUCAUCGAAAAAGAUUCUGAUCUGCUCGAUUGCGCAUUUGUCACGUUGCUGCGCAAUUCUACCGACUCCUUUGUAUCCAAGCUUGUUUCCGGUCCUUCUUUGGCAGUAGAGAGACACUCAAAAGAUGAGGCCAUAAUCGUUCAAGCUCAGGUAUCUUCUCGACCACUGCGCCAACCCACACCGAUUCCAGCUCGUUCUCCUGUGAUAAAUAAGGAAGAGCACGCUAGACUUGAUCCGACCAAAAUAUACACAGUUACUACACAAAUGAACCACACCCUAUCAGAGAUUUUCUCCAGUCUCGAUCGUACCCGCUUAUGGACUAUAUCCUGUAUUCGUCCCAACGAUUCUAGCUCUCCCAACUCUUUCGACAAGCGACGAGUGAAGGCACAAGUUCGGUCCCUUCUUAUACCUGAUUUGGUGGCCAAACGCAGCGUUGAGUACGUUGCAGAUCUUGAGUUAUCUGAGUUCUGCGACAGGUAUGUCCCAACCAUGCGAGGCUCCGAGCAAGAGCGAAUACGCCAAUGCGCGGCUGCGAACGGUUGGAGAGACGGGGUCGAUUUCGUUGUUGGGCAUAGGAUGAUAUGGGUGUCAUAUAGUGCUUGGAAAAUGGUCGAAGAUGGUCUAAGAGUUGUCGAGAAAGAGCAACGAAGAGCCUUGCGUGACGGGGGAGAUGACGAGGAAAGCAUGGCUGACGAUGGGACGGAGUACACCCAUACGGAAGGUGGUGGCGGAGGUAAUGGGAGCUUUUACAAUGAGAGCCACGACAAUUUGCUGGUUGCUCGUAGGGGUAGCAAUGGCUCUCAAUACCGUGAAGCUAACCAAAGCGCUGCCUACGGUCUGAACGGUCCUUCGACGCCUGCUGCAGGAGCUCCUGCUUAUAGCGAUGCCGACGACGGAUGGGGUUCGGAGUGGGAUAAGAAAGGCGAAGCUGGUGACAGAACACCCCCGUUUCUUUCCAAGGAAGGAGGCAUGAUAGUCAAUCCAGCUCCUGCUGCUGUAGAGGAGAUGCCCACCAGUCGCGCCCGUCGCAUGUGGCUUUAUCUGGUCUGGGGUUUCACUGGACUGAUACCUUCUUUCGUUCUCCAUCACGUAGGACGCAUGAAGCGACCUGAUAUCCGACUAGCAUGGCGAGAAAAGGUCACGAUUUUCAUGCUCAUCUUCCUCAUGAACGUGCUUGUCAUCUUCUACAUCGUGGAAUUUGGUCGUCUCCUUUGUCCUAAUUUCGACAAGGUUUGGUCUACAAAUGAAGUCGCUCAGCAUACAGGGAACAGUGAUUAUUGGGUGGCUAUUCAAGGUCAAGUUUAUGAUGUUUCGAAUUUCAUCCAUGGCGACCACAGUGAUAUAUCCGGUAUAGCAAGUAACUCAGUAGAUACCUUGGAUCAGCUUGCUGGGCAGGAAUUGACAGACUACUUCCCUCCGCCGUUGAUACUGGCUUGCCCGGGCCUUGUUUCACAACCGACUCUUCAACUAACAUACAAAAACUUCACCCCAACCGUACAAACGGCAAUGCACAAUUCCGGUGCAACGCAGUCCGCACAGAAUACCUUACUAGAUCAAUCUGACUGGUAUACUAGCGUUUUCCUCCCGAAGAUUAAGCAAUACCGCAAAGGUCCUUUAGUUUGGGACACUAAUGUUAUCGCUUCUCAGGCCCAGGAUCAAAAUAUUCAGCGGCUGUGGGCUAUCUGGGAAGGAAGCAUUUACGACCUAACGGAUUACGUCAAUACUGUCACCAUCAAUCAAGGUGCUACCAAUCUAUAUCAAUUUUUGGACAACAAUGUCGCAUCAGUUUUCAAGCAACAGGCGGGUCAAGAUGUCACUAGUUCUCUGAACCAAGUGCUCGCUGGCAUGGAUCCUAAUACGGCUGCGCAAAAUGUAAAUUGCCUCAAGAAUAUGUUUUAUCUUGGUGAGACGGAUUUCCGCAAGACUGCAAGGUGCCAAGUACAAAACUACUUGCUGUUGGUUUUCACGAGUAUUCUAUGUGCCUCAAUUGCUUUGAAAUUUCUUUCUGCCUUGCAACUUACCGGAAAACGAUCCCCGGAAAUGCUCGAUAAAUUCGUCCUUUGUCAGGUCCCAUGUUACACCGAAAGUGAAGAUUCGCUUCGCCGGACUAUUGAUUCAUUGGCCGCUCUGAACUACGACGACAAACGAAAGCUGAUGUUCAUUAUCUGCGACGGUAACAUCAUCGGUAGUGGAAACGAUAGGACGACUCCCCGUAUCGUGUUGGAUAUACUUGGAGUUGAUCCCAAGCUUGAUCCCGAGCCGCUUCUCUUCAAAUCCAUUGGCGAAGGCUCGAAGCAGCUGAAUUAUGGCAAGGUAUAUUCCGGUUUGUAUGAGUUCGAAGGUCACGUCGUGCCAUACAUGGUCGUUGUAAAAGUAGGAAAGCCCACGGAGCGCUCAAAGCCAGGAAACCGAGGAAAACGUGACAGUCAAAUACUAUUGAUGCACUAUCUCAAUCGAGUCCAUUUCGAUGCUCCGAUGUCGCCACUGGAAUUGGAGAUUUACCACCAGAUGAGGAAUGUUAUCGGCAUUGAUCCUGCCUUCUACGAAUAUAUCUUCACCAUAGAUGCUGACACAAGUGUUACACCAGACUCUUUGAAUCGUCUAGUGGCUUGUGCUGCAGAUGAUUCCAGCAUCAUAGGCAUAUGUGGCGAGACUAAAUUGAUGAAUGAGGAAGGAUCCUGGUGGACUAUGAUUCAGGUCUACGAGUAUUACAUAUCCCAUCAUCUCUCUAAGGCAUUCGAGAGCUUGUUUGGAUCAGUGUCAUGUCUCCCUGGAUGUUUCUCUCUUUAUCGAAUCCGUACCGCUGAUAAGGGUAGACCGAUCAUCAUAUCCAAUCGUAUCAUUGACGAGUAUGCUGAGGGGAACGUCGACACCCUACACAAGAAGAACCUAUUUUCUCUGGGUGAAGAUCGCUUUUUGACGACUUUGUUGCUCAAACAUUUCCCAACCUUCAAGACGAAAUUUUCUCCUGAUGCCGUUGCACAUACUAUGGCUCCCGAGUCUUGGCGAGUUUUAUUCUCUCAGCGUCGGCGAUGGAUCAAUUCUACCGUUCACAACUUGUGCGAAUUAAUAUUGUUACCUGAGCUCUGCGGGUUCUGCUGUUUCUCCAUGCGCUUCUUUGUCUUUAUUGAUCUUUUGGGCACUAUCAUAUUACCGGCCACUGUGGUAUAUUUGGUUUACCUGGUGGUCGUCGUUGCUACUGGUAAUGCGGCAUUGCCCAUCAUUUCCAUUAUCAUGCUAGGAAUCACCUAUGGGUUACAAGCCUUGAUUUUCAUCAUCAAACGAGAAUUCAUGUUAGUUGGCUGGAUGGUAGUGUACCUCAUUUCUUAUCCGGUGUACAGUCUAUUUCUGCCCGUCUAUUCCUUCUGGUGCAUGGAUGACUUUACAUGGGGUAAUACUCGUGUUGUCAUCGGUGAGGGCGGGAACAAGAAGGUCGUUAUGAACGAGGAUGAAAGAUUUGACGAGUCCAUGAUUCCUCUCAAGAAAUUUAGUGAAUACGAAGCUGAAGCUUGGGAGACCGGGUCUCAUCGAUCUCAGGAAACUGGUUAUAGCAAACCUCAGUCACGAUUCCUUCCUUCACGCAAAGGGUCACCCCACAGCUUCCAUCCUUCAGAAGGAGGCGAUUAUUAUCGAGAUACCAAUCUAACCUUGAGCAACACGUCGAACCCCAAUAUCCGCCUACCGCACAUGGCCAACUCACAGCAUAGCCACGGGUCUCGACACGGCGGUUCGCAAUAUGGUGGGCAGCCUCCCGUCUCCCAAUACGGGCUCCCCCAGAUACCAUUUAUGCCAUUCAGCGGAGGUCCUGGUUCUGCGGCUGGUUCCGACUAUGGCGGACAAGUACCUAUACACAUGCCUCCGAUGGGAUACCAACACACUGGUAGUAUGUAUGGGAUGAUGCCUGUGGAUCCACGUACGACGGUGAUGACGAAUAUGAACAUGUUCACUGGAUCGGGUUCACAAACUGGUGGAUAUGGAGCUUUGCCUGCGAUAGGAGAUGCGCGACCGAUAUCAACAUUUUCCAUGGCAACAUCUGUUAAUCCUUUCGCGGGUCCAAGCAUGAUUACGGAUCCAACAGAUGACGACUUAUUCAAUGCAUUGCGAAACUAUUUGAGCACUCAGGAUCUAAUGACAGUCACGAAGAAGACUGCACGCGAGGCGAUCAUGGCUCGUUUCCCCAAGGCUGACUUGACAUUAAGAAAAGACUUCUUAAAUCAGUCGAUAGACAAAAUCCUUUCCCAGUCGUAGAGGGUAAUCCCAUUACAAGAUCUUAUCUUCUUUUUUUCUUCUUCUAUGAGUAGAGCCUGAAAACUUGCCCUGGACUUGCCCUGAACUUUUAAACCUUAUUCAUCUUCUUCACGUUGAACUGCACUUUCCUUUGUUAUCGAUCUUUUAGUCAACUAGCUUUCGCAUUUCCAAUUUCAGCAUCCUUCGCUCCUCAGGUCAAUUUAACGUUGUAAUAGAUUUCUUGGACACGUUCGGUACGGACGAUAGCAUUAUCUUACUACUAUAAUCUCCCUGGAUAGGGGACUGAUACAUCCAGGAGUUGGUGUAUCUUUUCAUAUACAAUCUCAAAAUUUUACCUUAA